AUGUUCACGAACGGGGAUGCCAGGUUGCGACACCUGCCUCCGAUAUCUUCUCCCCCGCCGCCCAAACGAUACAAGUCCGAGUCGACUACAGCGAGCGAUGCCGGCCAUAAUCGAUUCUACUCGCACUCUGUCGCGCUGAGCGAUCGACCCCGGUCGCGACAACCGUCUUCGGCAAUGGACUUAUACACGCUCAUCGACAGAGAUCCGGCCGAUAAAGAUCCCCGCAGGAAUGCUCGGUUUACCAGCAAUGGGUCGGUAGCCACACAAGCAUCCCAGGUGUCGAACACCUCUCAAGUGUCGCGAUCGUCCCCGAUCAUAAUUUCCAAUCGCAAGAUUCCCGAGAAAUACCCAUUCCACAAAGAGAACGGCCGGUUGUACCAUGGCUAUCGAAAAGGAAUAUAUCCGCUCCCGUGCGACGAGGAAGAGCAGGAUCGUCUUGACAUCUUCCACAAACUGUUUACGGUUGCACGGGCCGAGGGUGGCUUGAUUUAUGCACCACACCCUCCAAACUCCAAGAUCCUCGACCUGGGCUGUGGAACAGGCAUUUGGAGCAUCGAAGUUGCGAACAAAUACCCAAAUUCCUGGGUGGUUGGUGUUGACCUUGCACCCAUACAACCUACCAAUUUCCCGAAGAAUUGUGAUUUCUAUGCCCCGUUCGAUUUCGAAGCUCCCUGGGCCAUGGGAGAGGAUUCAUGGGACAUCAUCCACAUGCAGAUGGGGUGUGGUAGUGUCGCGAGUUGGCCAAGCCUCUACCGCCGAGUCUUCCAGCACCUCCGUCCCGGUGCGUGGUUCGAACAAGUCGAAAUCGACUUCCGGCCACGUGUGGAGGACGAAAAUGGGGAACCCGGACGCGCUAUGUCUAGCUGGUACUCGACACUGAAGCAUGCCACCGAAGCUACAAUGCGGCCUCUCGCUCAUAGCUCGACCGAAACAAUCCGAAAUUUGCAAGAAGCAGGCUUCACCGAGAUUGAUCAUCAAAUCGUGGGGUUGCCCAUGAAUCAAUGGCAUCCUGAUCCCCACGAGAAGACGGUUGCACGGUGGUACAAUCUGGCUAUCUCGGAGAGCGUACAGCCUCUUUGUCUGGCUCCCUUCACCCGGGUCCUGUCUUGGUCGAAGGAGCAGAUUGAUCGCAUUGCAUUUGACGUCAAGCAGGAGGCCUUCGACAAGAAUAUCAAGAGUUACAACCUCCUGCACAUUUAUCAAGCGCGAAAACCUGUCGAACAGGAAUAG